GAUCCCUCCCGCUUCCUCGCCGGCGGUGUCGAAUCUGCGAGCCGGGGCCGAGGCUCGCUCGCUCCGCCUACAGCAGCGGGGAAGGAAGAAAGCGCUGCUGCGGUGGAAGCGCUGCGUUUCCCUGAGCACGGCUCCUUCAGCGGGGCGGAGCCGAGCGGGGAAGGGAGGCCGCGCCGGCCGGAGAUUUCAUCAUGCUAGGGGCCGGGCUUCGCCGCCGCCCUCCUUCUCUGCUCCAUGCUGUGGUGGCCCCUUAGCAUCCUCCGCGCCGCCCCGCUCGGCCGCCUCAGCAAUAGGAGCUGCCGCCUCCGCCGCCUCCUCGUCUUCCUCCGCGGUCCCCUUAGCCCGGGGCCCGCUGCCUCGCUCCACGCGGCCGGCCCGCCCCAGCCGCAAGCAGCCUCGCGCCGACCCCUGGCCACCAGGCGUCCUCGCCCCGCCGCCCCUGCCUCCUCGCCGCUCCCGCGGAACACCGGUGCCAGAGCCAGCAUGGACGGGCCCGCCACAGCCGAGGCGCUGCUCGCCCCGCUCAGGCAGGCGGUGGGGCAACAGUCUGGAUCCUUCCCGGGGCUAAAGCUUUCUUAUCCUAGUUGUCCUUUUCUGUGUAGACGCGGAUGUCACUCUGCCCACAUUCAUACAGUAGCUGUAGAAGGUGAACUUGUUCGAAAGUUGAAAGACGAGAAGGCUCCCCAAGUGGAUUUAGACAGAGCAGUAGCUGAACUCAAGGCUCGGAAGAGAAUCCUAGAAGCAAAGGAACUGGCUUUGCAGCCGAAGGAUGAUAUCGUGGACAGACCUAAAAUGGAAGAUACUCUGAAACGAAGAUUUUUCUAUGAUCAGGCUUUUUCUAUUUAUGGAGGUGUGAGUGGCCUGUAUGAUUUUGGUCCUGUUGGUUGCGCUUUGAAGAACAAUAUAAUUCAAGCCUGGAGGCAGCACUUCAUCCAGGAAGAGCAGAUUCUUGAGAUAGACUGCACCAUGCUCACGCCAGAGCCUGUUCUGAAGACUUCCGGCCACGUUGACAAAUUUGCGGACUUCAUGGUGAAGGAUGUGAAAAAUGGGGAGUGUUUUCGAGCUGAUCAUCUUCUGAAAGCUCAUUUACAGAAGCUGAUGUCUGACAAGAAAUGUACAGCUGAGAAAAAGUCUGAAAUGGAGAAUGUGCUAACGCAGUUGGACAACUACGGCCAAGAAGAACUUGCAGAUCUGUUUGUGAACUACAAUGUGAAAUCCCCCAUUACAGGAAAUGACCUCACUCCUCCUGUGUCUUUCAACCUUAUGUUCAAGACCUCUAUUGGGCCUGGAGGAAACAUGCCUGGUUACCUGAGACCGGAAACUGCACAAGGGAUCUUCCUGAACUUCAAACGCCUUUUGGAGUUCAACCAAGGAAAGCUGCCUUUUGCUGCUGCUCAGAUCGGGAAUUCCUUCAGAAAUGAGAUCUCGCCUCGCUCAGGCCUCAUCAGAGUCAGAGAAUUCACAAUGGCGGAAAUUGAGCACUUUGUGGAUCCUAGUGAGAAACAUCACCCCAAGUUCCAGAAUGUAGCAGACCUUCACAUCCUCCUGUAUUCCUCCAAAGCCCAGACCAGCGGGCAGUCGGCUCGGGCCAUGCGUCUGGGGGAUGCUGUUGAGCAGGGUGUAAUCAAUAAUUCAGUGCUGGGUUACUUCAUUGGCCGCAUCUACCUCUAUCUUCUCAAAGUUGGCAUCUCUCCAAGCAAGCUGCGCUUCCGACAACAUAUGGAAAAUGAAAUGGCUCAUUAUGCUUGUGACUGCUGGGAUGCUGAGUCCAAAACAUCCUAUGGGUGGAUUGAAAUUGUUGGCUGUGCUGACCGCUCUUGCUAUGACCUCUCCUGCCACGCCAGAGCCACCAAAGUUCCUCUUGUAGCUGAAAAACCUCUGAAGGAACCCAUAUCAGAGUACGUUGUUCAGUUUGAACCAAAUAAGGGAGCUGUCGGCAAAGCAUACAAGAAAGAUGCUAAGCUGGUGCUGGAAUACCUUUCCAUCUGUGAUGAGUGUUACAUCAGUGAGAUGGAGAAACUGUUGAACGAAAAAGGGGAAUUUACUAUCGAAACUGAAGGGAAAACGUUUCAACUAACAAAGGACAUGGUCAGCACAAAAAGGUUUCAGAAGACUUUACAUGUGGAAGAGAUCGUUCCCAAUGUGAUUGAGCCUUCAUUCGGUAUUGGAAGAAUCAUGUAUACAAUAUUUGAGCACACGUUCCGCAUCCGAGAGGGAGAUGAACAACGAACGUUCUUCAGCUUCCCUGCUAUCGUGGCGCCGUUCAAAUGCUCUGUCCUUCCUUUGAGCCAGAACCAGGAAUUCAUGCCAUUUGUGACGGAGCUAUCUGAAGCUCUCACAAGAAAUGGGGUCUCCCACAAGGUGGAUAAUUCCUCUGGAUCCAUCGGCAGGCGCUAUGCCAGAACGGAUGAGAUUGGCGUGGCCUUUGGGAUCACAAUUGACUUUGACACGGUCAACAGAUCGCCACACACAGCCACCUUAAGGGACCGUGACUCCAUGCGCCAGAUACGAGCUGAGAUCUCUGAGCUUCCUACCAUAGUUCGGGACCUUGCAAAUGGUAACAUAACCUGGGCUGACGUGGAGGCCAAGUAUCCACUCUUUGAGGGACAAGAGACUGGCAAAAAGGAGACAAUAGAGGAAUAAAAUGAACUACCCGGAAACUUAUCAAGAAGUCAACUUUUUACUGUUCAUGUUAAUAUGAAAUUUAUCAUGUGUAUUAUUCAAAACAGCAUUGUUUGCGCACCCAGGGACUAUCUGGUUAUUUUCCUCCUCCUGUCAGUUGCUGCCUAAUUUUAACUCCCAUCUCCAAUUACCACAAUUAAAAGACUAAAAACCC